AGGCCAUCGGAACUCUUUUGAAGUAUUACACAUUUCCUACUUCACUUCCAUCUCAGUUUAUUACAGAGCCUUUUAUACUUCCGGGACAGCAGUGACUUAAUACUGAGGCCUGUCAGGGGAAGACCGGGAUAUCUGAGUCCUGCUUUACCUAUCUCGGCUUGCAAGAAACGGUAUGGGUGGAGGCCUCCUUCAGUGUAUGCCGGCGCUCUAGGUGAACCGAGACAUAGAGGUGGAAGUGGAGUAGAAAGGCGGGGCCCACCGGAAGGGGCGGGUUCAUGGGCGAACCCACCCCUCCAGGCAGGGUUUCGUCCCUCGCCCCGCCCCUUCCCCCGCCCGGACGGCCAUGGCCAUUCCCGGCAUCCCCUAUGAGAGACGGCUUCUCAUCAUGGCGGACCCUAGAGAUAAGGCGCUUCAGGACUACCGCAAGAAGCUGCUUGAGCACAAGGAGAUCGACGGCCGUCUUAAGGAGUUAAGGGAACAAUUAAAAGAACUUACCAAGCAGUAUGAAAAGUCUGAAAAUGAUCUGAAGGCCCUACAAAGUGUUGGGCAGAUUGUGGGUGAAGUGCUUAAACAGUUAACUGAAGAAAAAUUCAUUGUUAAAGCUACCAAUGGACCAAGAUAUGUUGUGGGUUGUCGUCGACAGCUUGACAAAAGUAAGCUGAAGCCAGGAACGAGAGUUGCUUUGGAUAUGACUACACUAACUAUCAUGAGAUAUUUGCCAAGAGAGGUGGAUCCACUGGUUUAUAACAUGUCUCAUGAGGACCCUGGGAAUGUUUCUUAUUCUGAGAUUGGAGGGCUAUCAGAACAGAUCCGGGAAUUAAGAGAGGUGAUAGAAUUACCUCUUACAAACCCAGAGUUAUUUCAGCGUGUAGGAAUAAUACCUCCAAAAGGCUGUUUGUUAUAUGGACCACCAGGUACGGGAAAAACACUCUUGGCACGAGCCGUUGCUAGCCAGCUGGACUGCAAUUUCUUAAAGGUUGUAUCUAGUUCUAUUGUAGACAAGUACAUUGGUGAAAGUGCUCGUUUGAUCAGAGAAAUGUUUAAUUAUGCUAGAGAUCAUCAACCAUGCAUCAUUUUUAUGGAUGAAAUAGAUGCUAUUGGUGGUCGUCGGUUUUCUGAGGGUACUUCAGCUGACAGAGAGAUUCAGAGAACAUUAAUGGAGUUACUGAAUCAAAUGGAUGGAUUUGAUACUCUGCACAGAGUUAAAAUGAUCAUGGCUACAAACAGACCAGAUACACUGGAUCCUGCUUUGCUGCGUCCAGGAAGAUUAGAUAGAAAAAUACAUAUUGAUUUGCCAAAUGAACAAGCAAGAUUAGACAUACUGAAAAUCCAUGCAGGUCCCAUUACAAAGCAUGGUGAAAUAGAUUAUGAAGCAAUUGUGAAGCUUUCAGAUGGCUUUAAUGGAGCAGACCUGAGAAAUGUUUGUACUGAAGCAGGUAUGUUCGCAAUUCGUGCUGAUCAUGAUUUUGUAGUACAGGAAGACUUCAUGAAAGCAGUCAGAAAAGUGGCUGAUUCUAAGAAGCUGGAGUCUAAAUUGGACUACAAACCUGUGUAAUUUACUGUAAGAUUUUUGAUGGCUGCAUGACAGAUGUUGGCUUAAUGUAAAAAUAAAGUUAAAAUAAUGUAUGUAUUGGCAAUGAUGUCAUUAAAAGUAUAUGAAUAAAAAUAUGAGUAACAUCAUAAAAAUUAGUAAUUCAACUUUUAAGAUACAGAAGAAAUUUGUAUGUUUGUUAAAGUUGCAUUUAUUGCAGCAAGUUACAAAGGGAGAGUGUUGAAGCUUUUCAUAUUUGCUGUGUGAGCAUUUUGUAAAAUAUUGAAAGUGGUUUGAGAUAGUGGUAUAAGAAAGCAUUUCUUAUGACUUAUUUUGUAUCAUUUGUUUUCCUCAUCUAAAAAGUUGAAUAAAAUCUGUUUGAUUCAGUUCUUCUACAUA